AUGGCCCAAAGACUCCUCAGUUCGCCUCUCAAGAGUGUUGCCGCAACGAACGUGUUCCGGGCUUCAGGUCGCGUUACCGGACACCUUGGUCGCGCCAACCUCCUCCGCCUCUCACGCCCCUUUGCCACCAGCGUCGGCACAGGCGACUACCUGACCCGCAAGCACUCUGACCAGAAGGCGUUCGUUCACGGUGAACCCACGGGACCUAAAGUUCUCACGGGCGCCAUCCCUGGUCCAAAGACCAAGGCUGGCCUGCAGAACCUUGACUCUUUUCAAGACACCCGAGCUGCCACGAUGAUGACUGAUUUGAACAAGUCGAUCGGAAACUACGUUGUGGAUCUGGAUGGCAACACUUACCUCGAUAUGUACUGCCAGAUCGCCUCACUUCCUCUCGGCUACAACUCCAAGGCACUGAUGGAUGCGGCAAAGUCGCCCGAGAUGAUCCAGAUGUUGGUGAACCGUCCUGCCCUUGGUGUUCAACCUCACUCGACUUGGGCAAAGACACUGGAGGAAUCGUUUAUGAGUGUGGCCCCUAAAGGAUUGACUCAGGUCUUCACGGCUAUGUGCGGAUCCUGCAGUAAUGAAACUGCAUACAAGGCUGCCUUCAUGUACCACCAGAGAAACAAAAGAGGGUUUAACAGCGAGAUUUCGAACGAGGACCUGAGCACUUGCAUGAAAAACAGCGAGCCUGGCUCCCCUGACCUGGCGAUUAUGAGCUUUGAAGGCGGCUUCCAUGGACGUCUCUUUGGUUCGCUCUCCUCCACCCAUACCAAGGCUCUCCAUAAGGUCGAUAUCCCAGCCUUCAAGAACUGGGUGGCCAGCCCUUUCCCCAACCUCAAGUACCCACUGGACAAGCAUCAAGCCGAGAACGACAAGGAAGAAGCCCGCUGCCUUGCCAUCGCCGAGAAAAAGAUGAAGCCGAAAUCCUCCGGAACCCCUGUUGUUGCUGUGAUCGUCGAGCCUAUCCAGAGUGAAGGUGGUGAUAACCACGCGUCGCCAAAGUUCUUCCAGGGACUUAGAGAUCUGACCACGAAGCAUGGCGUCCUCAUGAUUGUCGAUGAGGUCCAGACCGGUGUUGGACCAACUGGAGACUUUUGGGCCCACGAAGCAUGGAACUUGACCACCCCACCAGAUAUUGUCACCUUCUCCAAAAAGUUCCAAGCUGCUGGCUGGUACCAUCGUCCUGAGUUGAGGACCAAUGUUCCCUACAGGAACUUCAACACCUGGAUGGGAGACCCAGUUCGUGCAUUGCAGGCAAAGACGAUCCUUCACGAGAUCAAGAAGCACGAUUUGAUCGCCAACGCAAGGGAGACCGGCGCCUACCUGAUGAAGGAACUGUCGACCAUCGAAAGCAAGUACCCAGAAACUAUCUCGGCUGUUCGUGGUCGCGGUACGUUUAUGGCGUUUGAUCUCCCUACCCCAGAGGCACGAGACGUGUUUGUGACGAAUCUGCGUGCGUUGGGUGUCAACACGGGUGGAUGUGGAACCCAGAGUAUUCGUCUGCGACCCAUGUUGGUCUUCCAGAAGAAGCAUGCUGAUAUUUUUUUAGAUGCUGUAGAGAAGGUCUGCAAGUCAGUGUAA